CACAGACUAUUUAUGUUCGAUUUUUUUAUUAAAAUGCUGUCUAAUGUGUAAUUAAAGAAGGAUAUAAUGACAGUUUACAUAGAAAUCCUAGUCGGUCAACUUUCACACAGCCAAUAUUGUUUAGAGGGAUAUAGAUGCUCUUCCUUGAUUAUCAUCUAUACAGUUGUGCUCUAAUAUAUUGGCACACUUGCAAGAUUCACAAUUUCUUCAAAAAAAAAAAUUGAAAGUGAAAACAUCUGGUGUUCACAUGUGUUUUUGUUUGACUUAUAACUGCACAGGACCAAGAAAAUAAAUUCUAAACUGAAAUUUCGAUUUUUCACACAAAUGGCCUGGACUAAAGGUGAUAAGUUGCAGUUGCCUACAGGGUCAAAAUAGACAUUCGACCAGUUUUGAAAAUAGAAACCACAAUAUUCUGCUGUAUUGCACUCCAUUGUAAAGUGCAAGGGUGCCGAUGUGUUAGAGCACAACGGUAGAUAAACAUGGCAUCUUGAUUUAAAAAAAAGUUGUGUUUAUUUGUCAUGCAUAAUAAAUCUUACAAGAGCUUUUACAUUAAAGUCAGCAUUAAAAACUGUAAGAACGUUUAGAACAAGCAUUAACAAUUACAGGCAUAAUUAAUUAAGUCCAAUUCCCCCAGGAAAAGUGACCACACAUCCAAACAAGAAGAAACGUUCAGGGUUGAGUGGAACAACAUAGACUGAAGAUCAGAGGCAGCACUUGUGGAGUACAACGGCUGCCAAGGUGCCUUAUUUUGCGCAACGGGAGGGAGCUCCCAUCUCACUUUCUUCAUGGUGCCAGCCAGACUUGUUUUCUUUGUAAGCAACUUGUUCGGCAAUAAAUGAAGAAAUUGCCCACGGUGACAUUCCUCCCCCUGCCAAGGGUGAUUUAGGCAUUCCCGGAUUCAAAGAAGAGGCUGGAUUCAAAGGAGAGGCUGGAUUCAAAGGAGAAUCUGGUGCACCUGGUGAUCAUGGAACGCUGGGUCCCAUGGGAGAGGAGGGGAGGAGGGGAGAACGGGGUGACGCCGGGACUUCAGGUGCCGCUGGACCCAAUGGAGAGAGAGGUGCUCCUGGCAGUAGAGGUUUUCCUGGUCAGGAUGGGUUACCUGGUCAAAAGGGUGCCCAAGGUGAGCAAGGACUGGGUGGGUCAUCUGGUCCCAAAGGUGCCGAUGGUGACCCAGGACGCACUGGAGAGCCAGGUCUUCCAGGGGCACGGGGUCUGUCGGGUCUUCUCGGCUCCCAGGGUCCUGAGGGACACCAAGGACCAAUGGGAGGAGGAGGAGAGGAUGGGGGACCAGGUCCAGCAGGGUCAGCUGGUACCAGAGGUCCAGCUGGAACCAUGGGUGUAGUUGGACCAAAAGGCUUUACUGGAGACCCUGGUAAGACAGGAGAAGUGGGGACCCCAGGUGUUGCAGGACAGAGGGGGGUUAAUGGGAAAGCUGGAGAGAUGGGCGCUGGUGGCACUGCUGGUCCAGCAGGAGUUGCAGGGAAGAGAGGAGAGCAAGGACCUCCUGGUAUGAAUGGCUUCCAGGGUCCACCUGGAUCUGCUGGUCCACCUGGAGAGUCUGGGAAACCAGGUGCUGAGGGUAUCGCUGGAGAGGGAGGGGCUGCUGGUCUCACAGGGCCAAGGGGUGAGCGUGGCAUCCCAGGAGAGAGAGGUGAUGUGGGAACUAACGGACUACCGGGGCCCAAAGGUAUUUCAGGGGGGCCAGGACCAGAGGGACCAAAGGGUGGGUCUGGAACUAAAGGAACCGUUGGGGACAUAGGAGCUGCAGGCCUGCAGGGGAUGCCAGGGAAGAGGGGUGUCCCUGGUUCUCCUGGUCCUAAAGGAGAUGUGGGUUCAGUUGGUGAGAAAGGAACCGAGGGUACUGCUGGAAACGACGGGCCCGGGGGACUUCCUGGUCCAGUUGGACCAACAGGAGGCAUUGGGCUCAAUGGUGACAAGGGAGAGGCCGGCCCUAAAGGGACCCCUGGACGUCGAGGAGCGAGAGCAGUGGCCGGAGCUUCUGGGGAGCCUGGUCCAACCGGUGCAGUAGGAUUCCCUGGGUCUCCUGGUCCCGAUGGGCAACCUGGGGUCAAAGGUGAACCAGGAGAGAGGGGUCAGAAGGGUGAGGCUGGAGCACAGGGACUCCAAGGAACAGCUGGUAAACUUGGUUCCCAGGGUCCUGCUGGUGUGACUGGACUAAAGGGGGCCAGAGGAACACAAGGGGCCGCGGGUGGGUCUGGUUUCCCAGGAUUCCCUGGGGGAGUUGGUCCAGCAGGCUCCGUUGGUGAGGUAGGGGCGCCUGGAGACAUUGGUACCCCAGGGAAGGCAGGUACUCCUGGACUUAGAGGCGAGAAUGGAGGCCCUGGGCGUGUAGGAGAGAGAGGGGCCCCGGGCCCAGCAGGUGCCCCAGGAGACAAUGGAGAGCCUGGAGAGGAUGGACCAGGGGGCCCUGAUGGGCCGAGCGGGACCAGCAGGCAUCUCAGGACAGCGAGGUGUUGUGGGCAUACCUGGAGUCAGAGGAGAGAGCGGGAUGGUUGGGCCCCCGGUACUGCUGGUGCACCCGGAAAAUCAGGUGCCCCCGGAAGUCGGGGAGGCAAGGGCGCUGUCGGUGCAGUCGGGUUACCAGGGGCAACCGGACCAGGAGGGGACCCUGGUCUUACGGGUAAUGCUGGGUCUGAUGGGGUACAUGGCAAGGAUGGACUUAUAGGAGCCAGGGGAGAUAGAGGGAAUCCUGGUCCUGAAGGUCUUGCUGGAACUCCGGGGCUUCAUGGCUCUGUUGGGCCAGUUGGCACCUCUGGUGUCCCUGGGAAGAGAGGAAACAAUGGUGCUAGAGGGCCUCCAGGACCCCAGGGACAAUCAGGGAUCCGGGGGACGCUGGGGCCUCAAGGGCCACAGGGAGACAGGGGAGCCAAAGGAGACCAAGGAGAGAGAGGGCAGAAAGGCCACAGAGGCUUCACUGGAUUGCAAGGCUUACCUGGGACAACUGGACAAUCUGGGGAUGUUGGAGCUGGAGGAAUUGUAGGACCUACUGGACAGAGAGGGCCCCCUGGUGUGGUUGGCCCCGCAGGAGGUGAUGGACAAAUUGGGCUGACCGGGCCCAUGGGCUCCCCUGGAUCAAGAGGAACCAGUGGAGACAUCGGACCUCAGGGGCCUCCUGGGGAUGCUGGUCCCCCUGGUCCCCCAGGGACCCCUGGCCCUCCCACUGCUGGGGCUGAUAUGUUCGGCUUCAGCAGCUCCUUCGACUACGACUUCGGCGAGGACCAGGAUGGACCACCUCCACCCCCAGAGUUUAACGGGGAUGAAUCAGCCCCCCCUCAACCCCCUCCAGAGUCCAACUGGGACGACUCCGGCCCCCAUCCCCCUCCAGAGUUCAACGAGGAUGAGGCGCGUCCCAAUAAUGCCUCGACCGUCCUCGGGGCAGACCAGGGCAUCCAGACCACGCUGAAGAGCCUCAGUGGAAACCUGCAGAACAUGAAGUGCCCCGAUGGCAGCCAGGCCAACCCCGCCAAAACCUGCCAGGACAUCAAGCAGUGCCACCCCCUUAAAAAGACCGGAGACUACUGGCUGGACCCCAACCAGGGCAGUACCAAGGAUGUUAUCAAGGUGUUCUGCAACAUGGAGACUGGUGAGACCUGCAUCUCAGCCCACCCCAUCUCAGCCAGCAUCCCUCGCAAAACAUGGUGGACCAAAUCCACUCCCACUGCCAGCAAACCUGUAUGGUUUGGAGCAAAUAUGAAUGGAGGAACUAAAUUUAGCUACGGCAACAAGGAGGAGCUGCCCAACGCCGUAACCAUUCAGAUUAGGCUGAUCCGCCUGCUUUCUAAGGAGGGUGUCCAGAAUGUCACCUACCACUGCAAGAACAGCGUGGCCGUGAAUGACGGAGCCACAGGCAACCUGAAGAAGGCUCUGAUCCUCAAGGGCUCCAACGGACAGGAGGUCAAGGUUCAGGGCAACUCCCGCCUCAGAUACACUGUCCUGGAGGAUGGCUGCUCCAAAUCAAAUGGAGACUGGGGCAAGACUGUGAUUGAGUACAGAACUCAGACGCCAGCCAGACUACCUAUCGUAGACUUGGCCCCCAUGGACAUAGGCAAGGAGGACCAGGAGUUUGGCCUGGACAUCGGACCUGUGUGUUUCUCCUAAACCCAACACACAUGGAUGGAUGGAUUUAUU